AAAAAAAAAAAAAGUUUAGCAGAAUAGAAAAAUUCCAAAAAAGAAAAAUUCUCUCAGUUUCUUGGACCGUCGCAAAAGUCCCUCUUCGUCGUUGUCGAGUCCGGCCACUCUCUCUCUCUCUCUCUCUCUCUCGCUUUCACGGUCGUCGAAGGCUUCGGCAGCCAACGCCAACACGUAAACUCCUUCAACCUCUACCUCAGACCCUCUGAGCUUUUACAAAGGAGGUAAAAGGGUUGCAAAUUAGUAACUGAAGCAGACAGAAGAAAUAAAUACCAAGAUCGAUUUGGAUUUCUGCUCAGCUUUGUAAUUUUAGUCAGCUGAACCUGUCUAGCUCAGGUAUUCUAUGGGAAAAUCCAUCCUCAAGUCUGUCGGAACUCUCUUUCCAUUGGAGUAGCAUUUCAACUUUAUGGCUUUUGGUGGCAUUCCUUGGUGUUUCUUGGCGUCUCAAUCACAAAGAUAUUUAGGGUUGUCUAGGCACCUUAGGAGAGCCAGGCAUCCUUUUCCCUGCCUCCGUUUGCCAAUUCCUUUAUUUUCAUUUUCAACCCUUAGUGAUUCAUCAUAUACAUUCAAUGAUGAAUAUUUGAUCAAGCACCAAUCUACUCUCGAUGAACGCAAUGUUCUUGAUGAACUGUCUAAUUUGUUACCAGUAUCAUGUAGUACUUCAGCUACAAACCUAUAUAAAAAGGAAUAUGCAGAAAAUAAAAUAGAUAUUAGAGCAGCCGAUGGGUUUUUAUCACCUGAAGAUAAAUUGCGAGGAGUAUUCCUUCAGAAACUGAAAGGUAAAACUGCAAUUGAGCAUGCUUUAUCUAAUGUUGGUGUGGAAUUAAAUCUCAAUGUUGUUGCAGAAGUGGUGAACCGAGGGAGUUUAGGCAGUGAAGAUAUUGUUAUCUUUUCUAAUUGGGCAAUUAAACAGCCCUUGAUAUCAAAAGAUAUUCAUUUUUACCAUAUAAUUCUCAGGGCAUUGGGCAGAAGAAAAUUCUUUAAAGAUAUGAUCAAAAUUCUGCGUGACAUGAGGACCAAAGGCAUAAAUCCCAAUUUAGAGACCAUAUCGAUUGUAAUGGAUAGUUUCUUGAGGGCUCGACAAGUAUCCAAAGCAAUUCAAACAUUUCGGAACUUAGAAGAAGUUGGGUUGAAUUGCGAAACCAAGACUUUGAAUGUGCUUCUGCAAUGCUUGUGUCAGCGAUCCCAUGUAGGUACAGCAAAUUCAUUUCUUAAUUCAAUGAAGGGGAAGAUUCCCUUCAAUGGUACUACAUAUAACAUUGUUGUGAAUGGAUGGUCAAAAUUUGGUAGAAUUAGUGAAAUGGAGAGACUUUUGGAUGAAAUGGUAGUAGAUGGAAUUAGUCCUGAUAGUUUAACUUUCACUCACCUCAUAGAUGGUUUUGGGAGAGCUGGUCAGAUUGAUAAAGCUAUUGAGAUUUUUGAGAACAUGAAACAGGGAGGUUGCUUGCUAAACACUAGUUCAUACAAUGCAAUGAUUUCCAAUUUUAUAUAUGUUGGAGAUUUUGAUGAAGCUACGAAGUAUUAUAGGAGUAUGUUGAGUAAUAAUUGUGAAGCAGACAUUGAUACUUAUACCAGUAUAAUCACUGGAUUUCUCAAGGCUCGGAAAGUGGCUGAUGCACUUGAAAUGUUUGAUGAAAUGUUAGCUCGAGGAGUUUUUCCUCCUACGGGGACUUUAACAUCCUUUAUCAAAACUUUAUGCAGCUAUGGUCCACCUCAUGCUGCUAUGAUAGUUUAUCGGAAAGCAAAAGCAGUUGGAUGUAGAUUUUCAUCGAGUGCUUAUAAGUUAUUGCUGAUGAGGCUUUCUAGGUUUGGUAAAUGUGGAAUGCUGUUAAGCAUAUGGAAUGAGAUGCAAGAAUGUGGUUAUUCUUCAGAUGUUGAAGUUUAUGAAUAUGUCAUUAAUGGACUUUGCAACGUUGGGCAACUUGAAAAUGCUGUACUUGUCAUGGAGGAGUGUUUGAGAAAAGGGUUUUGCCCAAGCAGGCUUAUCUGUAGCAAAGUGAAUCACAAACUACUAGACUCAAACAAAGUUGAGAAAGCAUAUAAGCUGUUUUUGAAAAUUAAAGUGGCUCGUCGCAAUGACAAUGCACGGAGAUUUUGGCGUUCUAAAGGGUGGCACUUUUGAAUUGUAGCAUGAAAGUUGUAAUCACUACAAAAGAUCCUGUUAAAGAUCACUGUAAAUUUUGUUGCUUUCUUUUUUUUGGGUAAAUAGUAAAUUUUGUUGCUAUAUAUUAGAUUUUUGUAAAGAGUGGCACUUUUGAACUGUAACAUGAACGCUUUAGUUACGUUUGGAUUAGGAAUGACAAUUUGCCCCGCAUGACCCGAUUCCCGCAGUGCAUUGUCCCGUUUUUCCCCGAAAAAUCGAAAUGACGGGGCUGACUUGGGAUAAAGGUUUAAAACCCGAAUUGGGGACGGAGAAUAAA